AUGGGAACUGGAACAUCCCGACUAGUUCCUACCCACCCAUGCGAUUCAACUGAUCUUGUCAACGACUACUAUCAUUUUCCCAGCCAGCGUAGUCUGGAAAUCGCUGAAACUAGAAAUCAAAGAAUGGAACGUCAACUCAAACUCUAUCAUGCUGUAACUAUCUUCGUUGUGAUCUUUGCCAUCCAAAUGGCCGUUUUCUUACUAUCGAUUUAUGUGAUGCAUCUGAAUAUUGGAACCAGUAACGAGUUGAACCACAAAAACUGCACUGUUCUCUUUUCGAAACACUGUUGCUCCGAAUGUCCAGAAUGUUGUGGUGAUUGCCUGAUUGUGGAUAUUAACAUUGAAACAAUUAUUCACGCGAUUAUCUGGUUCUUUGGAACCUUGUUUGUGUCAUUCUCCGUAAUUGGAAUCAUCUAUAUAUGCUGGGCGAAAGCUCGAUACGAUCCAUAA